AACAUUUCUAUAAAUAAUGCUACAUAAUACAGUGACGUUCAGCUAGGUGAACGUGGAAUAGUAAUAAUGCAAUUCGAUCGAAUGAUUUAAUGUUACAUCUAUUCCAUUCUGUGUAUUUCCCUCUGUGAAGUCGUGCGGCGUUCAAUGUGUUAACGUAACGAAAUUGAUAACAGAUUAAUGAUUCUUUGCUACAGAAGAAUAACUCUACGAAAAAACGGCCAAGAUCUUCGUGGCGCUUAACGUGUUAAUGUUUCAGAGUGUAAUCGACUCGGUUUCCUGAAACGAUCGUUGACAUUACGAAAUGAACGUUUGCUCGUUCCAGAGGAAAUGUCGGGAAUUGAAGGUGACGGUGGAAACGGAGGGAAAUUCGGGGAGUACGCAAAGAUUCUGCGUCUCGUUUUCGAAAGAUGGAUAUCGAUCCGCGGACAGCUUCGCGACGAGAAGUUGAACGAAGAAGCGGAGGAAUUGAUUUUGCCGAGUAACGAAGAUUGGCGGCAACGCGUUUACUACGGAUUAGUCGAGUUACAGAGGGAAUGCGAUGCGGAGGUAGCGACGAAUAGGGUUGGCGAGGUUGCACCGACAAUGGAAUUUGAGAAGAAUAAGGAGAUAGACGAGGAGAAGGAAGAGGAGGGAGAGAAGAAGAGGAACAUAGAAAAAGAGACAGGAAGAGAGGAAGAGACCGAGAAGAAAUGGAAAGCAGCGGACAAGUCCCGCGACUCGGAAUGGGAUCCGCAAGUGCAUGGAUCGUUGGUACCAAAGACGAAGGAAAGUGGUAGCAUCGACGAAUCGAAAGGAUCGGAGACGAGUGUCGGUCGAGUCUCCGGUUCGAUGACGGAAGCUUGCGUGAAACCGGGAUGGCGCGUGAACGAUAUCAUUUCAGCCGCGAAGGUUCUUCAAGGAGAUUCGACGUCCCUCGUGUAUUCCGACGAAGCAGAGAUGCGUCGAGUGUUCGGACUCGUUUACGAUGUGCUUAGGUACAAGAAGAUUUUCAUUCGUUCCCUGGAGGAGGUGGGAUUUUGGCAGCGUAACGGCGCGCUGAAAAAUCGACGGAAGAUCGUCUGGUUGUUACUGUACGACAUGCAAGGGAGGAAAUUCUCGAGACGCGGCGAGAUCGCCGCCGUCGAGGAACGCGAAAGAGUUUUUCAGACCGCCGGAUUGAUGGACAUCGAAGCAGCCCUGUUGGAGUCGAAAACUCAUCUCGCCGCGAGCAUCUCACGACUGCGUAUUCGUGGAUCGGCACUUACCCUCGGCGAGCUGCUGCCGGCGCGUUUGCGGGUCAUCGAAGGCGUCGCUUGGGGUGGAAAGUUGGAGACCGCAGCGUUCGCUUCCGGAUGGGUAAACUCGAAUAAGUUUGCGAACAAGCAACGGUUCCUGGAAGAGAUGUCCACGCUGAAUCUGGUCCUCUGCGAAGACGGAGACGUAACGGAGAUGAGCGAUACCGGUUUCGCGUUCCAUUCGAUUUGCCCGAAGGUUGUCGAAUUGCACGAGGAACUGCGCGAAACCUUGGCCCGUUCCACCCUAGUGCGUGAUCAUCGUUUCGUCUUUCUGGAAAAAUCGCUAUGCUUCGGUGCAGCGGCUGUCGCGCGAGCCAUGCGCGUUGGUCGUUUCUGCGGCCCGGUAGUAUUGACGCACGCCCUUGCGCCUCGACAUACCGGUUACCUGGCGGAACUACUCCGAGACAUCGAGGAUGCCGGUCGGCUGUUGGCUUUCGGCGCUGGUGAACGUCGCCGCGAGUACGAGUCGUAUUUGAACGAGCUCGGCGUUACCUCGCAGCGAUGUCGCGUAUUCUCGGAGAAGUACGUCUCACCUCCAGCGACGUCCGAAUUGGAGAGAGCCACCGUGGUCUUGGCGAUUCCGCCGUGCAGUUACACCGGUGUCAGAGACAUCGUCGAUCUCGCCGUGGCUCGUGGCGGAGACACGGAUCUACUCGAGUCGCUGACGGACGCUUACACCGCGGACGACGGCGACGGCGAUGCUCGCGAGUCCGAUCGGUCGCGAUCUCCGCACCUGGCCGAUCAAAUGUCCACUCUAAAGCACGCGUUGACCAGGCCGAACGUUCAAUUCGUUAUAUACGAGGCGCACACGAUCUUACCCUCGGAAACGACGGAGAUGAUCCGGAGGGUAGUCGAUUACGCGAAUCGAAUGGCCGUGGCGAGACACGUUCGCGAUCAAUCGGUAAGGCGUUCGUUUCUUCCAUUCCUCCGCGUUCCCCUGCGUUCUCGCGCGGUUCGUUUUCCCCCGAUACAACGAAUACACUUAACCCUUUUAUACACGAUAUUAAGGUGCCUAUCGGCUGAACGGACAGUUCAGCGUGGGUCGUGCAUGCCGGCACGGAGCGUGUUAAUGCUUAUUUGGUUCAAUUAUUUUUUCGCUUGCUUUCAGUCGAAGAAGAAACCACCGAAGGAAGCUGGAGAAUCUCGUGAGUCGGAGAAACUGGAGCAAGCGAAGGAACCGAGAGGCGAUGAGGAUCGAGCGGCAGUGACCGUAUCCGCGAACUUUGCCGUUCCGGACAGCGACCUCUUCGAGGUGGGCACGAUCGACGAUAUUUACGGGGAGAACGUUAGCCGCGCGUUGGAUCCUGGAUGCUUUCUCGCUGUGAUAAGGAGAAAGGAGAUGAUGCAGUUCGAUUCGUUGUUCAUGAUCAAAGUGGCCGAGUCGAAAGGAUUGUUCGGCGAUCCGAACGAACGCCGAGAAAGAAAGCGCGAAUCGGUCCCGGUCGACCGGCCAGCCAGACCGCCAUCUUUGCCCAGUCCUCGCAAACGGACCAAACGAUUCGAGAAGAUCGAGCUGGAACGACUGAUGGCGCACACGCACUGUUCCUUGACGAGAACCUUGAACGAACAUCCGGUCUGUUCCCGGCAGGAGCGAGCGCGGCGAGCCUCGAAGGAGAGGAACGAGUCGCGGGUACGCGAAAUGGGGGAUAUCGAUAAGCACGGUUAUCGUCGUCGUCGCAGGAAAUACGCGGCCACGCUCGUGAACGUGUCUUUCGACGGCGUUCUCGCGUGCGAAUCGACGAACGCUUGAUAGGUUUCUCGCGUACGCUCGCAGGAAUUAAAGGGGUUCAGGCGCGAUGAGAACUCGCGUAACCAGGCUCGAGGGAACGCAAACCGGCGGAGCAUACGCGUUUGCAGCCAGACCUUUUCCUUUUCUUCGUACAACAAGGGAGAAACGGACGAAAGGAAAAACGGGAAGGCAAGUACUCGGAAAAACCGCGAAUCGAGAACGAUUCACGCUAUCAUGGU